AUGUCGUCCACAGAUGAGAAAUACAAUGACACAACCGGCCACUUGUCGGAUUUGAGUGCCCAGGAGCAGCCGCAAAGUCCAAAUGACGACCUGCCGUAUUACGACAAGCACGCUGAAAGUAAGCUGAUUCGAAAGAUUGAUUUUCGUCUUCUCCCGAUCCUGGGCGCUUUGUACUCGAUUGCUCUCAUUGAUCGUGUCAACGUCUCCAACGCACGGGUUGCCGGCAUGGGAGAGGACCUUCACUUGGAGAUUGGAAAUCGAUAUACUGUCGUCUUAGUGGUGUUCUUUCCUCCGUACUUCUUGUUCGAGUUACCGUCAAACAUUGUUCUCCGCCGAGUCGGAAGUGCCAAUUGGCUCUCAUUCAUUGCCUUUGCGUGGGGAUGUGUCAUGAUUGGUCAAGGAUUCGUCAAGUCGUACGAGGCCCUCGCUGUCUGCCGUACGUUGCUGGGGCUUUUCGAAGCAGGGUUCUUUCCCGGAUGCGUGUACUUGAUCAGUUGCUGGUAUGUGCGAUAUGAGGUCCAAAAGCGCCUUGCCUUCUUCUAUAUUCUGUCCGUUCUAGUCGGCGGCUUCUCAAAUAUUCUCGCAUAUGGUCUGAUGCAGAUGGAGGGUGUUGGCGGUCUGCGGGGAUGGCAAUGGAUUUUUAUCAUUGAAGGCCUGAUGACAGUGACCAUUUCUGUUAUUGCAUGGUUCAUUAUUAUCGACUUUCCGGACAAAGCUGAGAAAAAGGGUCUCUUAACCCAUGAGCAAGCCGCCUUCAUCGUCCAACGGAUCGAGAAUGACCGCAGAGACGCUAUCCCUGAUCCUCUCACAUGGGCCAAGUUCUGCCAACAUCUCAAAGACUGGAAACUCUGGGCUUUUGCGACAAUGUUCAUGUCGACGACUAUGCCAGCUUAUGCAUUUGCAUAUUUCACGCCAGUCAUAAUCCAGGGUAUGGGAUACACUGCUGGAAUUGCCAAUUUACUGUCGGCACCUCCGGUUGGCGCAGCAGUGAUUAGUGCUUUGUCAUUCGCCUGGGUCGGCGAUAAAUACCACAAGCGAGCCCCUGUAAUUAUAGCUCAAGCACUCAUCAUCAUUGUUGGGCUCAUGAUUACCGCCUAUCACAGUGCUGACGGAGUCCGAUAUUUUGGCAUAUUCCUUGGUGUUGCUGGUUGUCAAGGAAAUGUUCCCGCCAUCCUUGCAUAUCAAUCGAAUAAUAUUCGGAUGCAGUCCAAACGCAGUGUCGGUAGCGCUCUUCAGAUCGGAUUCGGAGCAAUUGGCGGCAUCAUCGCCUCGACAGCUUUCUCUCAGAAGGAAGCUCCGACGUAUAGGAGCGGGUUGUGGACUACCGCAGCACUGCAGCUCUACAUACUAGGCUCUGUCUGUUGCACUUCGUUGUACUUCUGGAGGAAGAAUAACCAGGUGGAUGAUGGGACCCUGGAGAAGCCAAUCGAGGGACAGGAGGGAUUCAAGUACACGCUCUGA